AUGGCCUCCGCGCAAGACCUCGUCAAACAGCACAGGUUCCUGAUGCUGUCCAAGUCGUGGUGUCCCGACUGCCACUACGCAAUCGCCGUGCUCAAGAAGUACAAGGUGCUGGACAAAAUUACGCUCGUGGAGCUGGACAAAAUGCCUCCGAAAGAGGCGGCCGAGCUGGAGAAACAGUUCACCGCGCUUUCGGGCCGAAAAUGGGUGCCUACGAUAUUCUUCAACGGCGCGGUGUUUGGAACAGAACAGACGCUGAAGGAGCUGGAAUCUAGAGAUUUGCUGCCGAGCGCAUUUGAGAAGGCGGCAAGGCCAUGUUGCUGGCGGCGGAGCCCGAGUGAUCGCAGGCUCACCCCCUCUUCUGCACACCCUGCCUCAGCCUACCCCACUUCGUCAAGCUCCUGGCAUUGGAGCAAUUUCAUUGGAGGUAGUGCCCUUGGACCGUUCAGCAGGUCAUCUGGUGCAGAGCUGCAUAAAUUGAGGGGCCGCAGUAUAAAUACGCUGCCUCUCGCAUUUCUUCCACCCUAG